GAAGCGAUGAUAAUAAUGAAUGCAUAUCGGAGAUCCUCACAUUACACACUGUGUGAAAGAGGACAACAGCAUUUUCAGAGGAACAUGUAUACUGAAGGUCAAGAUCUGACUACUCCAGCUGAUUACUACAAUAAUUAUUAUGAGGAUGAAAUACAUGAACCAAAUUGUUACUGGUUUGAAAAAAACACAAUCCAAUGGCUUUACUGGAUUGUGUUUGUGCUCAGUUUGUUCAGCAACAUCCUAGUGCUAGUCAUUCUAGCCAAAUAUGAGAACCUCAGGUCCUUGACCAACACAUUGAUCAUGAACCUGGCUUUGUCCGAUCUGAUCUUCACAGUGGGGCUGCCCUUCUGGGGUGAAUACCAUAAGGGUGGCUGGAUAUGGGGUGAGCCUACCUGUAAAGCUGUCAGCUUCAUGUUCUCUGUGGGGUUUUACAGCAGUGGUUUCUUUCUGAUAGUGAUGACAGUUCAGCGCUACCUGGCUGUCAUCUUUCCCCUGUCAGAUAUAUUGUGGACCAGGAGCUGUUUCAGCCUUCUCGUCUCCAUGGGGAUCUGGGCUGUGAGUGUCUUGGCAGCUACGCCAGCAGUCAUCUUCAGCGAAGUCCAGACUGAAGAGAUUGAAGAGAAAACUCAUUGUGGGUAUAUGGAUCCCGUCUGGAGGUCGUGGGGAUUUUAUCAGGAGAAUGCUCUUUUUGUUGUGUCCUUUUUAGUGUUUUGUUUUUGCUAUGGUCAAAUACUGUUACGGCUACUUAAACCCAGCCCAACCAGGAGCAAAAGAAGAUACCGGACUGUCAAACUGAUAUUUUGCCUGUUUGUUGCUUUCUUUGUGGUAUGGGCACCAUACAAUGUGGUCACAUUUAUGAGGACUCUCUUUAUUUAUCAGUCUCAGGAAAAUGCUUCGGUCAACUCAGUCAAACUCCGGGAUGCCAAUAAUUACAGAGCAAAGUUAGACUGUCUCUUCUAUGUCUUCCGGUUCAUUUCCUGUUUACACUGUUGCCUAAACCCUGUUUUCUAUGUGUUUCUUGGAGUGAAAUUUAAAAAUCACUUGAAGAAAAUGUUGCAGAGUUUGUGUCAGAAAGGCAACCGUCCAAGCUACAGGAACCAUAGGCUCACAAUCACAUCCAUUACUAGUGGCGAGGAGCUCUCGUUGUAGGUGAGAGAAAGGGUUUGAUGUACCCAGGCAGGGGAAGAGCUUAAUUUCUUUCUGAAAUGCGUUUCAAUCAAAAGAGCUCAGUGUGGGUUUGAUAACAUCUACUCACUGCAUGCUACAGAAAGCUUUUCAAUUAUUUGUGCAUCUCACCUUUGACCUCUUUAUUUUUCCUUUUGCUCUGAUGCUUUUUUGGAUAAUAUAAUAUGAGAAUUAAAUCUGUAAUAACAAUUCUAAAUAAUUAUUGUGAUGUGAUAUGUAAAACAAUAAAGUAGUUCCACAAUUUCUGCAUGUGAAAUAAAAAGAAAUACCAUCUGAGCUGUGUGCUGUGCAGUGCUAUUUAAUAGAACUGUUUCACAUUUAGAAAUGUACUGUCAAAUAAAGAUGCUUCUGGAUUGUCAUGAUACUCGUU